AUGUCCAGUGUGGCACAUGCCGAGGGCGUUAGACAUCGGCUGGUCACAAUGAUUGUCAACUCUAAAGUGCUGGCAUGUAUGACAGUGGUGCGGUACGCAGUCCGCGUUAGCAUAACAGCCAUUAUCAUGGCACGCCAUCUCAGCCCGCUUCGUAAGGUUAUUGUCCAGAUGAUAGGUUACCAACCAAUCACCGGCGGGCUCAUGCUCAGGCAGUUUGAGCUCAGGAUUGUGCCUAUUCAUUCCGCUUGCAAAUAG